CCUUCUUCACCGUCGAUGGAUGGAUGUUGAAGCAUUCUAAUCUGUUCGUCCCACAUUUCUUUCCACUCUUGACAUUUUUCUUUAAUUUUCCUUUCAAUCCCGUAGCCGAUCUUCUCUCCAUGCCGCUCUCAAGGGAUCUUCAGCAAACGCGCGCCGUUGCAGCGGGCGGCGGCGCUGCAACAUAUGCAGCUUCUACCCGGAAGCAUCACUACCUCUACGAUGCCGCCGGUGGUGAUGAUCUUGGGCCUUCGGCGAAGAGGAGGAAUUCGGCCGCUUCAUCGUGGGAAGAUGGAUGGAGCUGGCGCCUGAACACGGUACCGGGCCGCAGAACCUGUGUCAUGUCUCAGCUCCCUGUGCUGCACCGCGAUUCCACCGGUCUCGGUGCCGUCUCUGCUCAUAGGCAAUCGGAAGAGGGUGACACGCCCGUCAUGUCGCGGGAUGAGAUCGAGAGAUGCUCGCCAUCAAGGAAAGAUGGUAUAGAUAGAUACAUGGAGGCCCGCCUUCGUUAUUCCUAUUGUGCUUAUCUUCAGAGCCUUGGGAUGAGACUCGAUCUGCCUCAGAUGACAGUUGGUACAGCCAUGGUGCUUUGCCACCGCUUCUUUCUUCGCCGAUCUCACGCUUCUAAUGAUAGAUUUUUAAUAGCCACGGCAGCUCUGUUCUUAGCUGCAAAGUCGGAAGAAACACCAUGCCUAUUGAACUCUGUGCUCAGUGCCUCCUGCGAAAUUUGUCAGAAACAGAAUUUUGCUUUCUUUCCACAUUUGCUGUAUGCUCAGGACUGGUUUGAACAAUACCGAGACCGAGUUGUUGAAGCUGAGCAAUUGAUUCUAAAAACUCUUAAUUUUGAGCUUGAGGUGGAGCAUCCCUAUGUUCCACUUACUUCUGUUUUUAAGAAGUUAGGACUAUCACAAACUGUUUUAUUGAAUUUGGCUUGGAACCUGGUCAAUGAAGGGGUCUACGAGACUAAUGUGCUCAACUGUGUGAUAUUCUUAUCUGGAGGAUAUAUAUGCUGACUAUCGAAAGUAUAUUUAUACGUCUGAAGUUCAACUAGCAGUUUUUUGUUUUUACUUUAUAAAAUCACUAAAACAGCCAAUUUUUCAGGCUUACUGAAGUUCCAUAACCACUUUUCUGACCACUUGUUAUCCUAAGUCAUCUUUUGGGAAUUGCACACUGGAUCUGAUAUGCAGUCUUAAGGAUAUGCUGCACAGUCGGCUCUCUUAGGUUGCCAUACACCGAGUGGACAGCCAGAAGAGUGUCUCACAUUUUAAUCCCAUGCUGAUGUCAUCUGCAUCCAUCGAAUUUUCUUUCUUUCGUUGGAAUGCCUUCAUGGUUUUGCUGCUAUCGACAUCCAUACCCAUCCUUUUUCAUACCCAAAUCAGUUACUGAAAACUUGAAAUUCUGCCUUUUAAUGUCGGAAUAUUAGGUUGUAAACAGACUAGAUGAAAACCAGGAUUGAUCUAGGUAUCGUCAAUUUUAUGUUUGCUCUAGUGAAAAAUAUAUUGUUUGGUGGAUCGAAAUUUUUUGUGAUAUCAAGAAGGGCAUAUUAGUUUAAAAAUCAAUAUAUUUUAAUAUUUAUAACUCAUAAUAGCUAAUAACAUAUCAAUUAAAAGUAAUUGUACCAAUGAAAAAAAAAAUCUUUAAUAUGCAUCAGUUUAGAGGUUGUUAUUUGGCAAAUCUCUUUGUAAGAAAGGCAUGUUGAAAAUUAAAAUUAUCUCAAGGAGAGCAGGGGAUCCAGAAAGGGAGGGAUGGGGAGGUAUUGAGAGUGGUUGGGAAGGGAGAAAAUGAAGGAGGGAGGUGGUGUGGUUUGGAUUGAACAUCAAUAAUUAUAAUAAUGAUGAUAAUAAAGUGUUGUGACCACAUCAUUUUGAUUCAGAAGAAAUCUAUAUAUCUUAUGACCAGUUUAUUUGAAUGUAGAAAAAAUACAUAACAGUUGUAAUAUUUAUGUUUAGAUAUGAUUGAAUUAGUAGAGUAGUGUGAAAAGUUCAUUUAUCUAUAUAUAUCCCCCACUUUGCUUAAGCUUUCCAUUUUGAACCAUUUGUUGUUGGUUGCUAAACAUCUUACCUCUUCCUUUCUUAUUUGCUAUUGCUGUACCCUGAACAUCUAUUAACUUACCAUAUGGACUUUUACUUUCAUAUCAGCUGUUUUUGGACAGUGCAGCCUCUUACUAUGGAUGUAAUCUGGAAAAUUUCCAAAGUUCUUGUAAAAUAUUAUGUUCAAGAUGGAAGAGUUAAACCUUUUUGAUAUGCUGUCAUUGUAUCCUUUUUAAUUAUCAUCCUCCCUCUCCUUUUACUCAUCAUCUUUCCCUUGUUGCAAGAAAGCAUGUCCUCCCUCUCAUUUACCACCUUCAAAUCCUAUGUGCAUUCCAGCACAACAACUGGUAAUAUGGACACAAGCACCUUUCCCUCUCUGUCCAACCUCACCAUUCCGCACUGCCUGCUCGCUCUCACAUGGCAUCAAAACUUGCGAACGGCAUUCGUUGGUUACUGUGCAAUUGAUAAGGAUUCCCAUCUGUUUACUGGAUUAAGAAGUUAUGAUGAAAUUAUUUGACAAAAUCUAACUAACAGGGCAGUUUAUUAGCUCAUAUGUUAAUUUAUGCAUAAAUUUUCAAUUUUCUUUUAUUUAUCUUUUUUAAUGCAAUAGAUAGAUCCAAGGAAAAUUUUGACCAAUUUUCUUAUUCCUAUUCCAUUUUAAAGGACUUUUUGACGUCUCCCUUGCACCUUUAAUUCGUGCAAGUAAAAUUCUAAUGCUUGAGCUUCUGCCAUGUAUAUAUAAAUCCUACUGGUGUGUUAUAAUUCAAUAUGCUUUCAUAUGCAUGAAUUUGAUUUGGAACACUUUCUUUUCUAAUUUAAUUUUCAUGGUUGUAUUAGUUCAUCUGUACUUAAUGUACGGGUGCAUGCUGUCAUUUGCAUAUGGUCUCAUCUCUCUCGAUCCCCCAACCCACCUCCAUCCAUCCCUUUUUAUUAGACGCAUAUGAGAAAGGUGUGUAAGGUGCAUCCAACCAAUCAGCAUCCAGCUUGUGGCAUCUGUGCAAUGUUAUACUUCAAUUAUCUACAUAUUCCUGAUUGGCUGGGUACACCUUCGGCACAGAAUAAUUUUUUUUAUUGAGAGGCAGGUUUGAUUUUAUUUUGGGGGGCUUGGGAUAUGGAUUUGUGAUGCAAUCAAGAAAUUUUAAUCAAUGUUUUCUUUAUUUUUCUAUGUUUUGGAUUCUUUGUAAUUUGGACUCUUAUGUUUUUUUUUUUUAAUCUGUAAUACUCUAUGAUGGAAAACAACCUGUGAUCAUGCUUGAGUUUGGUGCUCUUAGGAAGCUUCACUCCUUUGAUUUCCACUUGUGUUGAUCUAGCUUCUUUGAUGUUUAGUUGGGUAUUUAUUUUGGGCUAUUUUGCUUAUUGGUCUUGGCCCAACUCUUUCCCUAUGCUGGCUGUUUUUUCUUAUGCUGCUAUCUCAUUUUUCCGUUCUGCUAGUUGUUCGGUUUCUACCUUGUUGUUUUCUUAUACCAAGUGCAUUAACUCAUUAAAUGGGCUAACUUGAGAGGCUUCUAUUGGUUGUUUGGGUGGCAUAAUUAAGUGAGGAUUUUAUGGCCAUUCUCCCGUUCUCCUAUAUAUGUGGGUUGUUUUGCUGCUAGAAGGGGUUGUUUGUUAUUGUUGCUGGCUUGCGAGCUAUCUUUUUCUACCUUCCUUCUUUUAUUUGGUCUCGGUCUUCUAUCUACUCUUCUCUUACAGUUCCCAUUCCACCUUUAUCUUUCUUCUUCAAAUAUUGUGAGUUUCAAGGUGUUGUUGUGCCCUGUUUGUUGAUAUUUGUAGGAGGAGUGCCGACUUAAGUUGGAUCAAAAUUUUUGUGGUGAACAACUAGUUUAUCCUUUCUUUUGAGCACCUUCCCUAUUUUGGGUUUUGCAUGUGAAGUGAUAUUUCUAGGUUGUUUUGAGGGUAGUUAAUUUUAAGUUUGAGUUUGUUUUUUUGCAAGAUUUUCUAAUCAUUUACUAUUAAUUUUCAUUCAGUUGGUAUUGGUUUAUGUUUUAUUGAAAGAAAGUGUCUUGUUGCAUUCCUAUUGUUCUCCUACUUGGCUAUAGAAGUUAGGCUGUAUCAAUUUGGCCAUGUGGUUCCCCUUGGUUCAACUUUCUCUGGCUGUGGUGUUUACGACAAGAUUUUGAUCGUGUGAUUGCUCUGCUUCAAAAUUUGCAUUGUUAAUGUCCAGGCCUGUACAGUCAAAAAAAUAUUUCCGCUAUUACUGUCAUUCUACUUAUUGUUUUUUAUUUGCUAUUAAUAAAGUUUCAAACUUGCUCAUUCAUUACUAGUUCAGCAAAAGCCUCCAGAUUUUAUCAUUCUAUGAUGAUACGGUGAAUGGCAUUCGAUCAUUGUAGCUCCUCAUGUUAUUUUCUUGAUGAAAUCACUGUUCUGAAUCUUAUGAAUGUUCUUUUACUAUGGAGCAUAGAAUUCCAAGGGCCCACUGCUUAUGCUGAAAUGGCAUAAUUAUGUCGGCUUUUCAGAAGAUUCUUGGAUAGAAGCUGCUUAUGAUAGUUGGUAAGGAAAAAACAACAGUGAAAGUUGAUUUUUGUUAUAUUGCUAUGCCAUAUAAUUCUGCUAUCCUGAUUGUGUUCUUGUUUAUCUGAGACUAGAAUGGCUAUUAUUUGAAGUGGGAAGACUUUUUCUAGUUUGUAGUAGAAAAUAGAUGGUUUGGCUAUUUUUUUAGCAUUCAUACUUUGCUAAUAAUUCUUUGUGUUUCUUUCCUUCAGUUUAAAAAGCUGCAUUUGAAUUUUUUUUCUCUCUUUCUUAUUAGACUUCGGAGCUCACUUUGGCUCCAGUUUAAGCCUCAUCACAUAGCUGCUGGAUCAGUAUUUCUUGCUGCAAAAUUCCUCAAAUAUGAUCUAACAUUGUAUCAGCACAUUUGGCAAGAAUUUCAGACAACAGCACCAGUUC